GCCAAGAAGAAGAGGAACCGAGCGGCAAAAAAGAAACAGAAUCGAAGUGACGAACGCACAAGGGUUUUGAUCAUCGACGCUUCUUUGCUUCUUGUGGUCGAACAUCAGCGACGCACGCAGGGGUUUUGAGUCCGUUAAUCGAAUUGGGGCAUAUUCACCUAGAACUUCUUCUUUGCUGGAAUUCAAAAGUUGGCUGCAGCGCAAGAACAAAUGACCGAUUUAGGGAAGAGUGGAGGGGUAUACAUUCCACCAUUCAGGUUGGCUCGUAUGAUGGACGGAGUUGAGGAUAAAAGCAGCUUGCAAUAUCAAAAGAUGACAUGGGUUGCAUUAAAGAAGAGCAUAAACGGGUUGGUCAACAAGGUCAAUGCAGCAAAUAUCAAGAAUAUCAUUCCGGAGUUGUUUUCUGAAAAUUUGGUCAGGUGAAGAGGAUUGUUUUGUCAAGCAUGUAUAAAGUCCCAGAUGGCCUCUCCUGCUUUCACACAAGUCUACGCAGCUCUGGUUGCUGUUGUAAACACCAAAUUCCCUCAAGUGGGUGAGCUUUUGUUGAGAAUGAUAACUUUGCGGCUUCGAAGAGCGUAUAAGAGAAACGACAAGCAUCAAUUGGUUGCUGCCGCCAAGUUUAUAGCUCAUUUGGUUAACCAGCAGGUUGCUCAUGAGCUUAUUGCUCUCGAGCUUCUCACACUUCUCUUAGAAAAUCCAACUGAAGACGGAGUUGAGGUUGCUGUUGCUUUUGUUGCUGAAUGCGGUUCGGUACUCCAGGAUCUAUCUCCUAAAGGCUUGCAUGGUAUUUUUGAGCGCUUCCGUGGAAUUCUUCACGAGGGAGCGAUUGAUAAAAGGGUACAGUUCUUGAUUGAAGGCCUCUUUGCCUUAAGGAAGGCCAAGUUCCAGGGCCAUCCCGCUGUCCGUCCAGAGUUGGACCUUGUUGAGUUGGAAGAUCAAAUCACACACCAAGCAUCUCUUCUUGAUGAGAUGAAUGCAGAGGAUGAGUUAGUUGUUUUCAAGUUGGAUCCUGAUUUUCUGGAGAACGAGAAGCGGUAUGAAGAUUUGAAAAAAACCAUUCUUGGCGAUGAAGCAGAUGGCGGUGAUGACGACGAAUCUUCACAGAAAGAGGAGGAGGAGGAUGGGGAACAGAUGAGGAUAGCAGAUGAAACCGAAACAGAUCUGGUUAACCUUCGAAGAAGUAUCUACCUUACCAUUAUGUCGAGUGUUGAUUUUGAGGAAGCUGGUCAUAAGCUCCUCCAAAUCAAACUCGGGCCUGGACAAGAGAUGGAGCUGUGCACAAUGUUGUUGGAGUGUGCUAGUCAGGAGAAAACGUACCGGCGUUACUAUGGGCUUUUGGGCCAGAAGCUUUGCAUGAUCAACAGAGUCUACCAAGACAAGUUUGAGGAAUGUUUUGUUCAGCAGUACUCCAUGGUCCAUAGGCUUGAGACAAACAAGCUGCAUAACGUGGCCAUGUUUUUUGCGCAUCUGCUUGGGACCGAUGCUCUGCCGUGGCAUGUUUUGGCAUAUAUCUGGAGCUGUCGGAACAUCUUGGAGUUCAGCGGUUGAAGGAGCGUGUUAGCGACCCUAGCUUGCAUGCUGAUUUUGAAUCGAUUUUUCCAAGGGACAGCCCGAAAAACACACGCUUUUCAAUUAAUUUCUUCACGUCGAUUGGGCUCGGCGGGAUCACCGAAGAACUCAGAGGCUAUUUGAAAAGCAUGCACAUGCAACAAUCGGAGGAGGAUCCGUCUGAUGAAACUCAUCGCAAGCGCCAAAGAAAAUGCUGUUAGUUUACGUGGAGUUAAAUGUGUUUAGAUAAAUGGAGACUAAUCUGUUUGAUUUUAGGUUUCGUGAUAUUACAUUACACAUACAUACAAAUAUACAAUUAGCAACUUAAGUUGGCUUUAACCGAACCGUCGCAUCUCUUCACCAGAGGCACCGUUUCAUUCACGUUUAUUCUAUAUACAUACUUAUUAUAUUAGUUUUUCUGUAUUCGUUA